CGGCAGCUGCGCGACUUGCGGCGAAGGCGCGGCGGGGCCGGGGGCCGGGCGGGCGGCGGGAGCCGGCGGCUGUGAGGAGGCCUUGGCCGUCGCGGAAGUUGUGCCCGCUGUCCUGCGGCGCUGGCCGGGUUCGGCCUUUCGCUGCCAGCUCCCGAAAAGCAGAUCGCAGCAAGGAACCUGUCCGCGCCUUGGGAUUUGACUGUUCAGUGGGUUUUCCUGACCUUUAAAAUGCUAAAGCUUGUCGCUGCGGGAGGGAGAGAUUACGCUCGGUUUUAUCUAAACAGUUCCCUUCGGACCACAUCUGGGGAAUUGCUGUUGGUUUGCUGUCGUUAAGCGGGCCGGUGGGUUACAUCGCUUCUCCAGUGCGAUCCCCGACACGAAAGACAUCUCGGUCAGCCAGAAGUAAACACGGGGAUUACUGCUCUCGUGUGAAGCGGGGCAGCUCGGCACUGGCUGAAGAGCGGCGGGACUGACCCGGGCAGGCAGCGUCCCGGGAGCUGCGGCACAGCUGUAGUGAUCCAGGCUGGGCAGGCAGAGCUACUGAAAGCAGAGAGAAAGCUCUGCACCGGCUGCAGAGUCUGUCGUGAAGAAAGCCUGCAAAAAGGCCGUUCCGUCAGUGUUACUGAACAAACGUUCACCUGCGGGAUGAGUUUAGACUGUCAGUGCUUACUAGUUACUAUAUGGAGUGCCACAGCCCUAUUUUAGCUCUUCUGAAGCGUUAAUCUAGCCUCAAGCUUUGUUCCAGGAGGAUUUCCUUUCUCUCACAAAGCUCUGUCAACAAUUUCAUUUAGUUUGUUUGCCUGCCUAUGCACAAUACAUUGCAGCACAAAGAUUGAAGUCUAGUUACAGUUAGAUCUUACAGCUUUCUGUCUGUAGACGUUUAAUUCCUUACUAGUAGCCAUGCUGAAAACUGAUGGGACUGCUCCUGCAGGUCUCUUGUAUCUGCUGUUACCUUGUAGACAGAUCCUGCCCCUAGGGGAAAAAAAAAAAAAAAGCUAUAAGGCUGAGUUAUCUGGGUAAAAGGAUGAGCAUAUGUGCAUUAAGAACAGACAUCUCAAGUUCUGUCUGGUUCCUGAAAUCUGUUUGGAGUUCUUGGUACUGCUAUAACUGGGUCAGAUGAUUGUGCUAUUUUUUGUUAUAGGAAGUACAUUUGUUGAUAGGAUCAUAUAGAAUAAUCUCUUUAUAAUUAUACUAUGAUGGAUCUUUGUUUUGCAGGUAAAUCACAUUGUCUCUUUCAGCUAACCAUGUCUUUAAAUUCAUCUACAAUUCUAAAUGAAGAAAACUCUCAAGGACCAAAAAGAAGUCUAGAACAGCAGACUCCAUCAUCAUUUCAAGAUAACCCACUUCAAAAAUUACAGUUAGCGUCACAGGAAGUACUUGAAAAGGCAAAAAAAAGUGGGAGAUCAAAAUGCCCACGAUGCAGUAGCUCAAGGAUGUUUUAUUGUUACACAUGCUUUCUUCCUGUUGAAACUGUCCCUAUCACAGAAAUCCCAAUGGUGAAGUUACCUUUGAAGAUUGACAUUAUUAAGCACCCAAAUGAAACUGAUGGCAAGAGCACUGCUGUGCACGCUAAGCUCCUGGCACCUGAUGAUGUUACAAUUUACAAGUACCCUUGCAUUCCUGAAUACAAAGAAAAAAGACACGAAGUGGCACUUAUCUUUCCCGGCCCCGAUUCAGUUUCAGUAAAAGACAUUGCUUUCCAUCUCCAAAAAUACUCCAGGAAAGGUGUUGGUGACACUGAUGAUGACUGUUCCAAAGAGCCGUUUCCUAAGAAAGCAAGAGUAGAACCUACAGAAGAGAAAGAUACAAAUGAAUGCAUCUCAAACAACAUGAAUGAAUGCACUAAGCUGAAGAAAAUAAUAUUUAUUGACAGUACCUGGAAUCAAACAAAUAAAAUAAUAACUGAUGAAAGACUUCAAGGGUUACUACAAAUUGAAUUGAAAACAAGGAAAACUUGCUUUUGGCGUCAUCAGAAAGGAAAGCCAGAUACGUACCUUUCCACAAUAGAAGCAAUUUAUUAUUUCUUUGUGGAUUAUCACCAGGAGAUUUUGAAAGAGAACUACAAAGGACAAUAUGAUAAUCUGCUUUUUUUCUUUUCAUUUAUGUACACAUUGAUUAAAAAUGCCAAGUGUGGCACAGGAAAAGAAUAAACUGUCUGUCCAUAAGUAACAACCUAUAGGUAACAACCUUUUAUUUUGUUUCUUUUGUAAUGAUGAUCUACUGUAAUAAUGUAAUUUUACCUGACUGAAAUCUGGAAACAGGUUGUACUCUUAGUCAUGGCUAAGGGUUUUCCUCUAAAAGUAACCUUAUGUGUGCAGAACUACUCAGAUGAGCAGUCUGAUUUAAAAUAUUUGAAUAGAAUUAACAGUUUACUGAAUACUGUACUGUAGUGUUUGAACCUGAUCUGCUAAUCAGGGAAUUUUUUCAGGUGGGGAUUGGAGAAGCUGGCCUUUGUCCCAUAUGGAUCUAACUCUAAAAAAGGAUUUUGCAUGCUAGCUUCUUUUGUUAUUUAUGUUUUGGAUGUUUCGUAUGUUUUAUCUAGUCAGAUUGAUUUCAGUUACAUGACUUCAAAAAGGUCCUGAAGUUAUUAGGACAGUAUUUAAUAGAGGACUGGGAACAAAUGAAAAGCCACAUUGAGUAAAUGGAGUAUAAAUUACAUGCUUGAUGGUUGACUCCAAGAAUUGUCCUUGUAAUCAAAAAGCAAUCUCUUUAAAUAUCA